AACACCAAACCUUUUAGCCCUCUUUUACUUGCUAUUUUGAGUUUGCGAGCAAAAAUAUCACCCGUAUAUAUGUAUGUGUUCAUGUGUUAGUUCGUGUGUGUACUACAAAUUCUAUAGAAGUUGUUCUUUUGUUGAUGAGAAGUGGAAUACAAGUCUAGAGGUACAAGCAAAUUCAAAACUUCCUACAGAGUCUUGACUGUAUGCACCUACACAACAAUGGUCUCUCCAUAGCCAAUCCCUAAUGAAAAUUGGUAGUUCAUACAAAACCAAACCGAAGGCUUAUGUCCUAAAAUCAUUUUUGUGUGUACUAAUUCAAUGAAGGGGUUUUACUUCAGCUGCAUAGACAACCAAAAUUUUGAUGAAGAUCGCCAAAAUUAUACGAAAAACAGAGUAUUUUGUGCUUGGGUUUAUAUAUGCAUCUACGUUUUGUAAUUCAUAUAGAGGCACACACAAUUGAUUGGUUCAUACAGUUCAUAUUUUAAAAAUAUAAAAGCUUGGCUUGGUUGAGAAAAUGAUUUGAAGUAAAUGUUAAUUUUUGUCACAUUGCAGUUUAGAUGUUACAUUUUAGGAAAACAACCAUCAGCACACCAGUGCAUAUGGUGGAUAGGUUCUUGGUCAUAUAAGAAUGAGAACAUUUUUUAAAGCAACAACAAUAUUAGGGAUAUCUGGUAAUCAACUGUAGGUAAGAGAUAAGUAUAGUUUAGCCAUUUUUAGCAUAUCGUUAAUUUAUUUUAGUACAUAAAAUUGGCAUUGUAGAGUGAAAAAUAAUACUUUACCCAAAACUCUGCAUUCGUUGUAACUGUCCCAUUCGUUUUUAGCAUUAACGCUUAAAAACCCUAUAAAGUCCAAGUUUGAACACCUGCAGAAAAGAUCAAACAUGAGAUCUUUGUAAAACUGUAUUUAUACACUUCUAUUUUACAACUUAAAUGUAUAUGUUCUGUAUUAAAUUAGAUAGUGUUGCUCAUACUUCAAAUAUUGUGUGCUUGAGUAUUUGUUAACAUCAAGCAGUUCCAUGUUAGAGGGAAAUGCCACAUUCAUAUCAGUUUAGAAAAUGUGCUUAUAAAAGAUUUGAAUCAUAGACCACUUUUUCAUGGCGAUGGCACAUAUUGCGCGCACCAUAUCUUUCCAUAGAUUACCAUGGUUUAAAUGUAUUUACGAUUAAGUCUUUGCUUUAGGGAGAUUGGGAUUGAACAACUAACACAUGUUUGUUUGAGUGAGUGGUUAUUGAAAAAAUAUCAUAUCUAGGGAAUCCAAAUGUUUUUUUAUUCAAGCAUUCGUUCAUGCCAUGUGAAUUAAGAACAAUUCAGUAGUUAAUUAAUAUUACUCCUUAGUUACAAAGAAACCCGUUUUACUAAUCAGUUAAAACAGUUAGUACACGUGUGUAAAUUAAGAAAAUAAUGUUAAGGCAUGAGAGUCUAUUUCAAUAGGAGAGUUGAGAUCAAACACAAUAAAAGUGUGAAUAUUGUUGGGAAUAUUUUAUGGUGUUCAAUCUAGUUAGUUAUCUUUGUAUUUGUGUAGUUAUUAAUUAAACGUGUAAUCCGGGCCACAAAUGUGUAUCAGCCCGUGGGCUUCCUUGUAACCUGUAAGUUAGCUAACUUCUCCUAUAAAAGGAGGCUAACUUACGGGAACCCAUACUAAUCGAAUAGAGGCUUAGAGACGCAGAGGCGAGACAGAGAGAAAUUAGGGUUGCCGCUGCUCUCCUUCUCCAGGGAGAGUAGCGGCAGGUUUAUACGGUUUACCAGAUUUGCGUUUCAAUCUUGUCGAUUUCUUUCUAUCUGCUUCUUAUUCUUCUUGUUAUGAUUGUUGAAUGUUAAAUUAUGGGACUAACAUUUGGUAUCAGAGCGGAGGCGUGAAACAGGUUGGAUCUGUCUGCGAUUUUUGGAUUUAACGAAGAAUUGCUCUGUUUUUUCUUCAGUUUUUCUAUAUGUAGAGAUUUGCUCCUGUAAUCUCGUUUGUGAACGAAAUUUUGUAAAAAUCAUACUGUUGGAUUCGCCUUUCAAAACCAAUCCAGCAGCAUACCUCUUUUUUCGUUUUCUGCAAUUUUUAUAUUUCGAAGAUCUCUACAUUGAGAUCUCGAAAUCCUUAUUUUUCACUGCUGCAGAAACGUUUUUGGCUUGAAACUGAUACAGGAGAAUCUCGACUUUCAGGGCUAUUCAGAACAGGUUUCAGAUUUCCAAAAAUCAAUGUUUUCGUUUUGCAGGAUCUCGACAUUUAGGGACUCGAUUUCUUCUUCUCGACUUUUGAGAUCUCGAGAUUUGCAUCUCGACAUCUUGAUCUCGAGAUCUGCAUCUCGACAUCUUGAUCUCGAGAUCUGCAUCUCGACAUCUUGAUCUCGAGAUCUGCAUCUCGACAUCUUGAUCUCGAGAUCUGCAUCUCGACAUCUUGAUCUCGAGAUCUGCAUCUCGAAAACUUGAUCUCGAGAUUUGAAUCUCGAUAUCAUGAUCUCGAGAUUUGAAUCUCGAAAUCAAGAUCUCGAGAUUUGUGAUCUCGAGUUUAGGAAUUUCGAGUUUUGGGAUGUCGACAUUUGGGAUCUCGAUGUUUUGGAUCUCGACAUUCUGAAGAUUUCGAGAUUUUCAAAAAUUUCUCGAUGUUUUGAAUCUUUCAAAGUUUGCAGUAUCUUGGAACUCAUAAUUCGAAUCUUGACAUCCUUUGCAGUUCAUCGAAGCUUUACAUUAUAAGGAUCUCUGAAUGAUUCCCUGCUUAUAAAUGUUUCAGGAGUUUUCAAUGUUCUGAUGUUUUUCAAACAACAAGUUUUCGAGAUUAUGAGGUUUUCGAAACUCCAAAGUUUUCGAUGUUCAAACAUUUUGAAAUUCUGCAGAUUUCGAUAUUCUGAGGUUUGUUUUGCAGGUGGAUUUCGCCAUUAUUCUUCGAGACAACCUCGAGAUUGUAAUCUCAAGAUUUAAACCUCGAGAUUAGGAUUUCGAAAUAUUGCCUUAGACUUUUGUUUAAAAUCCACUUGCUCUCGACAUUCAUCAUCGAGAACCUCAACUUCGAAGAAAUUCCUCAAAAACUCAAAAUUAGAGAUUUUCUGCGACACCGCACUGUUUUGGCCAUAACUUUUGACUCGGUGAUCCGAUUUGAGCAAAAGAUUUUUUGUUGGAAAGCUAACGAAAAGAUCUACAUUAAUUCUUGGGCUACGUCCCAGAACCCAUUCUCACGCGCCCUCACUCUCAGUCUUUGAGGGUCAAAACGUUAGUUUUCCGACAAACAUUUUAAAUCACCGAUGUCCAGGUCAAAACUUAGGCAAAUCUGUUCAAAUUCUUUCAAUGUCAACCCUGAGGUCAAAGCUUUUCUAAACUUCAAUGUAAAGGUCUGAAAAUUGUAGAUAAUUCAAUCAACCUCGCGUCAACGGUCAUCUUACAACAAUCAACAAUCAACUGCUGGAGCCUCCCCUGACUCAUCAACAUUAUGUGAUCAUCGAUAUGCUGAAAUUCUACAUGGUGAGCUCAGGAAACCGUCAUGUGUGGUACAUGUUCAGAUUGCUCCACACACAUGGCGGGUAUGACAAGCUGUGAGCAAUCAAACCUUGCACAUUCUGAGGGUGAGUUUCAGUUUUCUCCUCCUGGCGCCUUACACCGACAAAGCAAGGAAUCUCUCAAAGGAUGCAACAUUUUAGGGGGAGUGUUCAAUGUUAUCCUCCCCGGUGCCUAACAAUGACAAAGCAUACCGAGUGCUCCAGUUGAGGGGGAGUACAGAGAGAAAACGAGAAAGUAAUGAGAGAACAUGUCCCUAUGGCUUAGUAAACCCAACUAAGCCUACCCAAGGGACAAAGCCGAGCGUAAGUGCGUAAGUGAGCGAGUGAGUGAGAGAACAUUAUGAGCAUUAGGAAGCAGAAGGCUCAAGUGAGAAGAAAAACAAUUAUCAAUGAUGAGUCUGCUACCUCAAUUGCCUGCUAUGAAUUGAACAUUUGCUCCUAGCCACUAAAAUACUCUGGACUAUCCCCAUAGGUUCAGGACUGAAUUUAUUCAGAUCCCGGGUAGAAGUCGCUGCAUUUUGUCCAAACGGCGCAUGCACAACCCUACCCUAGACCACUCACUUGUCUCCCAACAGACAGGUGUUUAAUCAUAGUUCACGGGGAACCGCAUCUCUCAUUACUGUCUCCUUCCGAGGCAAGUAAAACUGACUACAGUGGCCUCAGCCCCAUGCCACUGAACUUUCAUUGAUCACGUCGUGUCUAGUUACUCACUUCCCAAAUGUUUUGAAAUUUUCUAGGACACAGACACAUUUUAGAGUCAGUUGCUAGUCUUCAAGACUUGCGAGAACUUCCAUAGGGCUCAUCUAUUACAGAUGUAGACCAAUAAUUGGAAGGAAGUCUUGCUGUUGCAACAUAAGAAUCACCAACAUUUUCAAGCCAUUGAUUAAGAGUUUAUCUCUAUAGUGAUGAUAACGGGCGUCUUCACGACCCCGGGGGGCUACGUUAUCUUUUUUAGAUUCUGCUUGUUUUUCAUGUUUUUAUUUCUGCAGAAUAAAAGAAUAAAAGCAUGACGUCCCGAUUCAUCGGAUCGUCAUGAGGGGGAGAGUGGUCCACAUGCUGUUAACACUGAACAAAUCAUUCUGGGACACUUCACUCCAUCACAAAAAUCAACACCUUCUCUGCUAUCUCUACAACUCAAAUCAAAUGGUCAGCUACACUCACAAAUCAACAAUCAUUAUGUUCCGCUGUGCCACCCACAAGUUCUCCUCAAAUGCAUUCAUUCCAAAUAGUCAAAAAGACUACAUUGUGGAGGAGACAAAGGUCAAAUACUCAUGUCCUGAAGAUGAAUUCCAUGGGCGUCUCCUGUUUCUCCAAAGAAUAUUCAUUCCAAAGGCGUCACCGGACUUCAUCCAAGCUGAUCAAUAGCAACUUCUGGAAGGCAAGAACUACAUGCAAGAUACUGAAGGUCCCUCAACCCCCGACAUCAAAGAUCAAAUUGUCAAGAAGACAUCAAAGGGGAGAUUGCAAGGAUUUCUUCAGAUAGCCUUCCUCAGAAGUCAAGUUCAAAGACAAAGGAAGCUCAAAUAACAACAAAGACAAAGAUAUCUGCGCUGCAAUGCUGAUUCAACAUGAUUGAUCACCAAGGGGGAGAUUGUUGGGAAUAUUUUAUGGUGUUCAAUCUAGUUAGUUAUCUUUGUAUUUGUGUAGUUAUUAAUUAAACGUGUAAUCCGGGCCACAAAUGUGUAUCAGCCCGUGGGCUUCCUUGUAACCCGUAAGUUAGCCAACUUCUCCUAUAAAAGGAGGCUAACUUACGGGAACCUAACUGAUCGUAAGAGGCUUAGAGGCGCAGAGGCGAGAUAGAGAGAAAUUGGGGUUGCCGCUGCUCUCCUUCUCCAGGGAGAGUAGCGGCAGGUUCAUACGGUAUACCAGAUUCGGUUCUUAUCUUGUCGAUUUCUUCCUAUCUGCUUCUAUAUGACUGCUAUGGUUGUAUGAUUGUUAGUAUUUUGGGAUUAACAAAUAUUUUUUAAUGUAUAAAAACAUUACAAUUACAAU